CGUCGCCGACGGUUGGUGUGAUCGACUUGCCAUUGCCACGGACAAUCCAAGCAUGGCCGAGCGCUCACCAAGCAGCCUCAAUGGGCCUACUUCGAGGAAGUUGUCCUCUUUGGCGCACACAGAGUACGAGGACAGCGCGGACAAGCCAUCGUCGUCAUUGCGGUCUGAUCGAUCGGUUUCUCUACUGGAUAACCGUGAUGCCAAAGUGAAGAAAGCUAGUCCUUCCGACGACGCCAUCUUGAAAGAAAGCCUCCAAGUCCACAACAGCUCCAAGACUUGUGUGACGACGGCAACGACGCAGCUUAAGGUCCUUUGUCGCAAGUUUGCCGUGCUCUCUGAAAAAGUUAAACAAGAAGCCAAGAUGCGUGAAGACGCCGAAAAGGAAAUUCGACGGCUCAACGACAUCAUCCAAGAUGCAACGAAUCCACUGAUCACGUCAACGCGCACUGAUGCCCAGAAGGACGAGUUGGCCGACGUACGGGACCAAUUGCAUCGAACCCAAGACGAGUUAUACCACGUCACACAAGCAUACGACCGCCUUCGUGCAGAGCUCGAGCACCACCACCACGCAUCCCUGCAGCCGCCAUCGCAUCCACUGCAGCAGCAGCACCAAGGGAUGGUGGACCAUCAGAUCCAGUGGGACCGGGAGCAAGCCAGUCGCAUUCAAGACACAUUGUCGAGUACUAUCACAGAAUUACACGAAGAGCUCAACGUCAAAGAGGUUGAAAUCGAAUCCCUUCGAGCUUCCCUGCAGCGAGAAAAGACCAAGCAACGGGAAAUGGAGCAAACGACCGUGGCCUACGAAGAGCAGAAUCGACAGGACAAGGACCAAUUGACGAAAGUGACCCAACAUCUCCGGGACGUGACCAUGAGUCAUGCUAACGAGCUAGAGAAGCUUCAUGCGGCCCAGGAAAGUGCCAAAGAGGAGAGGACUGUGAAGGAAGCUCUCCAACAUCAAAUCUCCACUUUGCACCAAGUCAACGACGCGUUGCAGAAACGCUGCGACGCGCUCGUUCGUCGGCUCCAGCUCAACUCGAACUGCAUGUCAGAAUCACAAGGACUCAAGAGCCAAUUGGAACACAUGGAAGCCCAGCAUGAGAUUCUGGCCAAGGCGAUGCGCGACGCCAAACAAUCGCAUUAUCAAGACAUGGAGGCACUCAAGGCAGCACUAUACGAAAGUCAAUCUGCCACCCACGAGGCUGAAAAGCGGGCGUUGGAACUGCAAGGCGAACUCACGGCUGUGCGCGUCCAAAACAACACCAUGUCCGAGUACAUGAUGUACGGCCCCAAGCGAGUGCAACCAAUCGCUGCCAUUGGCUCGGACAAUCACAGCAUUUGUAGCCACCAGUCUUCUCCACGCAUAUCCCCUACCUACGGUCGGCAACAAGCCCCUCAACCACCGCCUCCACCCCCACUCCCAUCCUCGCUACAUUAUCACACUUCUCCUCUUCCUCGUUUCCACACCCACUCGAUUCAUCAACCGACAAGUCAAUUGCCCCAUCAAGACGCUUUGCUUACGAGCACGCCCGCUCAACCGCCUCACUCGAGCCCCCACUACUCCAGUACCUAUCACAACCCAAAUGGUCACCUACAAUUACCACGUCGCCAAGGAUACGUCGACCACCCCACGCGAGCUGGUUCUGACCCCACGAUCAGGGCAGCUCCACCUGCUGGCGCGUUAUACAGUGACGAAACAUACAGGCCAGAAUUGGAGCGCCGUCCAGUCGUGGGAGGCAAACCUUAUGAGCCUGAAAGCGAACAGCCCAAGACGGUGAUUCAUAUAUCGUCCACACCUCAUCAACCACCACCACCAUCGACCGCUUCGACCACUCCCAUCGCAGCUCGAACAAACCCUCCGCCCCUCCAGUGUCGCACCACCAGCACCACCAAUUCCAGACAAAGCAAUGCAUCGUCCAACGGAUCAGACCACAGCAUCUUGCGCGCGUUGAAGAACCGCAACAAGCAACUGCAGGAGCGACUGCAGCAGGAAGCCGACGCAACAUUUCAAUUGGAGGAAGAGAUCAACAUGAUCACGUCAUCGUACCACACGCUGUUGAACCCCCACGACUAA